AUGGCUCAGACAUGCCUCAAAACGGCGACCAGACAGGAACGCUAUGAUGGCGGGCUAGGUGAAGCUACUAUCAAAUGGAUGUGGAACGAGCAUGAUAGCUACGAGUUCCCAAGAGACACUAGUCUCCUAGACCACAUGGUCAGACACCUCGUAAGGGAGGGAAAGGAGGACCUGGUGUGGAAAUGGAUUGAGCAGAAGAGCAGAAAAUCCAGCAAUCUCGGCCCCAAUGACCGAUUCGUCUGGAGAGCCGACACUGUAAAAGCGCUUAUCGGCGCAAAAGCAUUUGCCUCGGACCGCGACAGCCUCGAUGGAGCUCUUGAAACAUUCUUUCGUGCAAAGAACAGCACAUACUCUAUCCCGCUUUCGCCAGCCAGAAUGAAUUGUGCUACAUUGCUUAUGAUGCCAGCGGAGAAGGCUGGCAUGUCUUCAAAUCUUGACGCCAAGAUCGAGACACCACGAUGGCCAAACACGAGUGUCAAGUUAUGGGAAGCGUUCCUCGAGAACGUCGAUGCCAGACAGGAUAUCAGUGAACCGUUCCAGGUGCAGCUGCCACUAUAUCACCCAGAAGGACCAAACCCAGCUCCCUACUUCAAAUACUGUCGAAAGCUGGCAAAAACACCCAUUCUCGUACAGCGCCUGGCAAAAAGAUCAUCAGUGACGCCUUGGAUUGGACGAGGCAAACAUGCCGAGGCAGUAUUGCGACAGCAGGGACAUGAUGAGGACGCCAAUUGGUUGAAAGAGUUCCUGCAAGACUUGCACACAAAGUCCGAGCCCAUUAGGAAGAAGGAGGACCAGAAAAGAGAGAAGAAGCGCGAAAGGAAAGGCUCGAAGGCAUAA